AUGUAUUUUGGAGAGAGUGACACUCGUUUUAAUUUUUGUUCAUGUCUUGCCUUCAUAGCGCUGGGUCUGGAUGACCGGAUUGGUAAUUUUAUGGUAGGGAAAGAGUUUGAUGCAUUAUUAAUCGAAACAGCCUGCAAGGACAGUCCGUUUGACACGUUUGAUGGCCAUUACAAAGAUACCUUCGAGGAUUAUUACAGAGCUGCUCAAGAAGGAAAUUUAGAUGUCAUUAAAUCGUUCAUCAGUAACGUUGAAGACUUGGAUAGGAAAUAUUUUUAUUAUCAGCGAACGUUGGUUACCCAUGCAUCGUCGUAUGGUCAACGAGAAGUAGUCGAAACAUUGAUUAAUGCUGGUGCGAGUGCUGGAUGUAAAGAGGCGAAUGGCAACACUGCAAUACAUUUUGCAUCCCACAAUGGUCAUUCUUCCGUAGUUGAAGUUCUGUUACGUCAUGGCGUAGAUCCAAACUGCAAGAACAAUGAAGGACAGACGCCUCUUUAUCUUGCCACCUUAAAUAAUAAUAUAGAAGUUGUGAAAGUUCUCAUCCAGUACAGAUGCGACGUGAACAGUCUUUUUGAGAAAAAUAAUGCUCUCUACACCAUACUACGCUAUCCGAUAAGACAUUUAACAUCUUCUAAAUUUGAGGAGAGUGUUCAAAAACAAGAAGAUGCUCUGGGAAUUGUCAAAUUGUUGGUGGAAGCCGAUAUUAAUAUUGAUCACAUAAGUACUGAUGGCAGAACACCACUAGAAGUAACACAAUCAAAUAUCGGAAGACACUGUGCAAGAACAACUUUCUAUAAAGGCGCUGAACAUGUAAUACUGGGUGCCAAACUGGAAAAAGUUUACCAAGAACUUAUGAUUGAAAAAGGUGUGCCAGUAACUGUUGGUAAACUUUAUAUCUGUGGUCAUUGUGGUGCGGGCAAGUCAACAUUGAAGAGAUCUCUUUUACUUUCAACAAAGGCCACAGAUGCACCACCCCCUGGAGAUGACAAGUAUAUCCCUACAGCUGGAAUAGAGGUCGAAAACAUAUUCGUACCAGGAAUAGGUAAGGUCAGCUUAUGGGACUAUGCCGGCCACGCAGAGUUUUUUGUGACACACACGAUGUUCCUGGGCGCAAGAACAGCGACUUUUGUUGUGUUGUAUCAGAUAGCAGAUUACCAUAAAAAACCACAUGGUGUAGAAAUCAGGCGACCAUUUGAAAUCAUGGAAGAACAAAAAAACAAGGUUCUCCAUUGGCUGCGACUAAUAAAGGCAACUAAUCCUUCCAAGGUGAAAGGUCAAGAAGGUCAGAAGCCAACUGUAAUACUUGUGGCAAGUAGAGCUGACUGGGCAGCACAAUGGGAACAGGAAGCUAAGCAAGUGGCUAAACAAAUAACAGAAGACUGUUCAGAAAUCAUGAAGGACCACCUUAACAUCGUGGAUGAAUGUUUUGUCAUCAAUGGUCAUGAGCCAGAUACUGCAGACAUGGCACGUCUCAGGAAUUUACUAAAUGCAAGGAUCACCAACGUUCUUCAGAACGAAAAACCAAUGCCCAGCAUAUGUGACAAGAUUGCAAAGAACAUACACACAUUGAUUGGAGAAAAGAAGCUGUAUCCUGUGAUGCACUGGGAUGAUUAUUACAGUCACGUGAAAGAAACUAUUGAUUCAAACAUUGAAGAACAUUUCUUAGACAAGGCAACAGAUUAUCUUUAUAAUAUGGGCGAGAUCCUAUAUUUUAAGAGUGACGAUGCUUCUUACAGUGGGAACAUCAUAGUAUUAGAACCACAAUGGUUCUGUGAGAGAGUUAUUGGUCCUAUGUUAGCUUCCAAUGUAUUCAACCAGUAUACACAUCGGCUGGGAAUGAAAGAAAUCUACACCCGACCAGAGCUAGAGAAGGUCCUUAAUGACAGAGCCGAUGUUGAGCUACUGGUCAAGUUGCUUGAGGCUUUUGAGCUUUUAUUUCCAUUGACACGUGGUUCCGGCAGCGUUGCGUAUUCAUAUAUAAUUCCCGGAUUGCUUCCCAGUGAUAUGCCAGAUAAUCAAUGGCGGAUGAGCGCCACCAAACGACGUUACUUUGGCAGGCGUGUCCAUUGUCUGCAGGAUACUGAUAACUUCUCGCCUGGUUUCUUUUCACGUCUUCAGACGCGCCUUUAUUUGCACUUCACUAGUCUGGGUCACCGGCCCAGUGGAAUAUGGAGGAAUGGAAUAAAAGUUUGUGACAGUGUGGAAGGGCUGGUCUACAUGACCGAUGACAGGAGAGCAGUACAUGUGUGCGUCAGGACAGAAGAUGAUGAAGAAAUUGGAGAAUGCUCUCGACUGCUUAACCUCGUCACGCAAGACAUAUAUGAUGUGCUGCGCACCUCGUGUCCAGGAACAAAUGUUGGAAUGUGUAUUCUAAGUCCACAGUCACUCAGAGAUCACGAAAACCCGGAAGAUAUCUGCUACUACACUUUACAGCAGGUGUGCGAGGCUGAAAUUCAGAAGAGAAAAGUCUAUGACGAAAUAGUUGGUCGAACAGAGGUCAUAACAGAUCUACUCUGUCCAGGACAUGACAGGACUUUUCUCGAUAUCCAAAGGUACCAAUGCGAUGUGAAGUGGCUGCUACAGAAGACAAAGGAAGAACUGAUUGAGAAUCUAGAAAUAGAGGACCCAUCAGGACUCCGUGAUCAUCGAAUCAUGGCACAAUACAUGGGAAUAUCGAAUUCAGAAAGACAAUACAUGGCCAGGGUAGCUUACAAGAGAAACACCACGGUCACCGAAAUGAUUCUAAAUAAAUGGUCUGAAAAUUGGGCGAAGAAGAGGAAACGAGAUGGCCCAUCAGCUGUGAAAUAUGAAAAUACGUCGUAUGGUGUGUAUUACUAUGAAAGCAGUAUUGACAAUCUACUUAAAAUCAUUAAUGAAAUCGACCAUUAUGACGUGAAAUGUGCAAUAAUUGAUAUGUUUGAAUUAUUGCAAAGACAUCCAAAGGAUGUUGGAGUUUAA